AGUUCGCACUCGCACGUUCAACGGCUAGGUCGAAUCCGCGAAACGGAGAAGAACUUCGGUCUCUUAGUUAGUAACCUACAUGUGGAUAGAUUUCCUUCGCGUUCAAAUUUCGUCGCCAUCGACUCUGCCGCCGCCGCCGGUUGUUCUGAGAUUCGCUCUAGCGGGAAAAUAAUUUACUACACUUGUGUUGUGAAACAAAUCAUCAUCAAACACAGCGGAGCGAUUGCGGUAAUCGUUGUCAUCUGCGUCGACACUCGAAGAUGACCUGUGUAAUGAUUGAUACCCAUCCGAGUGUGCAGGCAAAUCGUUCAUCGUGAUAACUCAUAAGGGACGGGAAAUACAGCUAAACGCGUCGAGCAACCAGCGAGCUUAUCUUACCGGCAAUGCCGUGUUUUGAAACGCGUAAGCCGUCUCGUGUCCUGACCGCAUUCACCGUUCACUUCGCACCGGCUUCGAUCGGGAAAGGGUGAGAGGAAAGUAUUCAUUAGCGACCGUGAACUUGUGACAGUGUCGAAACAAAAGUGUGAGAGCAGGUGCUGAUUUAACAUAGUGAACCAUAGCUACCUACCUAUCUAUGCCGGUUCAUGAAUGUGAACGUGAAUAUCGAUGAUGUUCUAAUUGCCACCCAUCGAAACCAAUGUCACGCUCCGGAGAAGAGCUAAACCAGAACCGAGUGAAUCCGAAUACCAGUUUUGCGUCUCGCGUCCAAGUGUGUUAUUGUGUUCGCUCUAUUGUUGUGAUAAUUAUUUUUGUGAAUGGCACUGCGUGAUGGGUGUCGUGAGGAAAAGUGUUCGGCGUUACCUUAUUUGUGAAGCGACGUGCAGUUGUAGCACUACUGGGGCUGCCGACGAAUAGUGUGAAGAUUGCCUGUCGGUGAAGAGUACAUCUGCUACGUGAUCUGUAUUGUGUGCUGCUGCUGCUACUGCUGUGAAGAAUAAAGUUGACAUGACUUCAAGUGAUAUGUGUGAAUAUUCGAAGCGUGCGUUUUGUUCAAAAGCGUCAGAUUAAAGUUGGGAGCUGUAAUAGGAUUUAAAAAGUAUCGCAGGAAAUAUUGAAAUCCAAAUCGGAAUAAAUCGGUAUGUGGACUUUGAAGUUAGAAAGCAGAACUUAAAAUGAGAUUCUGUGAAGUCACUAGGCUGACAACAACAUUGAUGACGUGAAGAAAUUCAUCAUUUUUAAACACCAUUUGUAUCCAGGACUGGUUCGUUAUUAAAGUAUAAAAAUAUUGGCUUUGUGUGGAACUGCGAAGUUGAUGCGAAUAAAUUAUUUCCACGUGGGAAUGCAGAAUCAGCAGCAGAAAUGGAAUCAGUCACAUUUAGGAAAGCACGUUCCAACGCUCAACGUAUUCAGGAUGACAUCGAUUCAGAAAACUCCCAUCUGGACGAUUUGUAUACUCGAUAUCGACAGAGGCUUCGAAAGUCGUUAUUCAUCUCCGGCCUGGGAAUAUCGAUACUCGCUUGCCUGAUAUCAAUCAUUAUGUGCAAGUUGCAGGAAGAGAUUGUGGCUGACCUAACGAUGCUGACCGGUGCCUCGGUGGUGCUGUGUGUCAUUUCGGUGGCACUGCACUUUCCCAUGGUGAUGAACUCUCCGCUGGCCGCCCUAUCGUUUGCCAUGCUAACCACCGGGACCAUUGGAGCCGUUGCCAUCGCAGUUGGAGCGGAGCUGGCACCACUACCUUUGUUUGCACUAAUUUUGGGUGUCCACACGAUGCUGCCCAUCUCCUGGCCCGUUUCCGUAGUGUUGGCGGUAAUUCUAUGUCUAGUGCACAUAGGAUGUCGCCUUUGGUCUGGAGUGCAGGACCUUCCUGCCUACUUUUUCCCCCAGCUGGUAGCGGAGAUGAUAUUCCUGGCGUCGGCGUCCAUCUCCGGCCUAUACUACCGCAUCAUGUCGGAUGCAGCCCACAUCGAUGCCGUGGACGGAACUCGCAUCGGAAUUGAGCAAAGGGUCCGGCUGGAAUGCGAACGAGAACAGCAAGAGCAGCUUUUGCUCAGUGUGAUACCGGCCUACAUUGCAGCCGAAGUGAAGCGCAGCAUUAUGCUGAAAAUGGCCGACGCUUGCCAAACAGCCGGUGGUCAGAGUCAGACUAGAUUUCACGAAAUGCACGUCCAAAGGCAUAACAACGUGUCCAUUUUGUAUGCCGACAUUGUGAACUUCACGCCUCUAUCAGAGCAGCUAACGGCGUCCGACUUGGUGAAGACACUCAACGAACUGUUUGGACGGUUUGAUCAAAUCGCUCAAGAAAAUCAGUGUUUGCGAAUAAAAAUUCUCGGCGAUUGCUACUACUGUGUAUCCGGUUUGCCGGUCUCCAGGCCCCAACACGCUGCCAACUGUGUCAACAUGGGGCUGCAAAUGAUUGAAGCGAUACGAUUCGUCCGUGAGGCGACAGGAUUCAACGUGGACAUGCGAAUCGGCAUCCAUACCGGCAAUGUCCUGUGCGGAGUGCUGGGAUUGCGCAAAUGGCAGUUCGACGUGUGGAGCGACGAUGUCACUCUAGCAAAUCACAUGGAGAGUGGAGGCGUAGCUGGUCGUGUCCACAUCACGAAGGCAACGCUGGACUAUCUGGGCGAUCGGUUUGAGGUGGAACCGGGAGGAGGUGCCGGCCGCGAGUCAUACCUGGCGGAUCAUAAAAUUGAAACAUACCUUAUUGUGCCACCGAAGAAACAAUCUAUCAAUGAUCCACCGAAACGAUCGCCUUCGUCAAAUGCGCACACGCCGUCACCCACGGCCACCAUACAAAUAACCGAACCGGAUCUGCUCGAUUCCACUUCUCUUGGUGAACCACCGAAAACACCCAAAACGCCUCGAACGCCCAAAACACCGGAAGACUUGCGCCGGUCUCACGCUUCCAUUGCAUCGAGCGUCAUUCCGGAGGAACAGGAACGGCUUCUCCCGCGGCAGUCUUCGGUUCCGUUGAGCCCGUUACCUCCGCCGCCUUCGCCCUUGCCACUCAUCAAACAAACAAGCAUCACAAUCACCACCGAGACAAUUAACGAGGAAACGACUGAAAACGGCGACGACGGGGAGCAGGACCAGUGCAAAAAGGCCUGUCUUACGCUGCCGGUCGAGCCCAUCACCACCAAUGGACAUCUACCGGAACGUGUCGGGAGUCGGAAGCUGUCCGUGCAAGGCUUGAUGGCGUUUGCCGAGCGCCGAAAAUCUUCCAGUUCUAUUUUCGGUGACAUGCGAAAAAUGUCGAUUAACAAUAUCGACUGCCUACGGUCUCCGAUGGUGGCCACGCCGGGACCGCUGAUGCGCAACCGACCCUCCUCGAAAAUGACCAAAUACGUCGAGUGUUGGGGUGCGGACAAACCGUUCGCCAACAUUACGGACUCCAAGAUGGCAAAAAACAUCGGUCUGGCGAGUAUAGCCAUGAUUGAGUCCAACCUACUGCCGGAAGAUGGCCACUGUGGCGAGUGCAAAUGUUGGGGCCCACCAAAGGAGUUGCAGCCAGUGACAAUGUGGUACCGGAACGAUUCCCGCGAGGCCAUGUAUCGCACCCAGCCCGACAGCAGCUUCCGGUACGAUCUCAUCUGUACGUUUAUUUUGUUCUUAUCAAUUGGACUGAUUCAAAUAGUAGUAUUUAAAAGCAAUGUAGUCGUUAUCGGCUCGUUAAGUGCGACUACCGUAGCGUUAGGUCUAUUUUUAUAUUUAAGUAACCGUCAGAUGUCGGACCUGUCGUCGCCUGCCAGCAACGGCCCCGGUCAGGUAAUUGCCGCCAAUCGGUCUCUUCGGAUAGCAAUAUUUGUUAUUUCUACAGCGCUCAUUGCAGCGUGUGCCAUAUUUAGUGUGAUAAACUUCGACGAUCUAGUAAUAGCAAACGUUCUCCUGGUUAACAAUGGCACGGAAUCGGUAACGUACGACGUUCAGUUCGCACCGCUGGCUCCCGUCUAUUUAUACAUGUGUGCCAUCAGUCUAGCAGCCGUAUCGGCCUUCCUUCAGUCGGGCUUCAUCAUCAAGCUACUGUUGAUGUUGCUCUUCAUCGGAGUUCAGUGCUCGCUACUAUGGCAGAGUUCUCUGUUUGAAACCUAUCAAAUACUGAACAAUUCGUGGCCUCUAGCAUUCCAAGGCGGUCUGUUUCUGUUGCUGAUUGCAUCCGUCCUACAUACUCUGGACCGCCAGGGCGAAUACGUCUCGCGAACCGACUUCCUGUGGAAAGCCAAACUCAAGGUCGAACAGGAAGAGGUGGAAACGAUGCGCGGAAUCAAUAAGAUUCUACUGGAGAACAUCCUGCCGGCCCACGUAGCGCAGCACUUUCUGAAAAAGGAACGUGCCGUGCAGGAAUUGUACCACGAAAGUUACUCCUCGGUGGCGGUCAUGUUUGCCUCGAUACCCAACUACAAGGAAUUCUACGACGAAACCGACGUUAACAAGCAGGGACUGGAGUGCUUGCGGUUGCUGAACGAGAUUAUCUGCGACUUCGAUAAGCUGCUGCUGAAGCCCAAAUUUAGCGGAAUCGAAAAGAUAAAAACCAUCGGCAGCACGUACAUGGUGGCGUCCGGGCUGCGGCCAGGGAAGGAGGAAGGUGCAACGAAAAAUAAUGAGCUGGAUGAAAAACGAACCGAGGAGCACAAUGUGGUGGUGUUGGUGGACUUUGCCAUCGCUCUCAUGACAGCGCUGGACCAAAUCAAUCGAGAAUCAUUCCAACGGUUCCGGCUGCGAAUCGGCCUCAAUCACGGACCGGUGAUUGCCGGAGUAAUUGGUGCCCAAAAGCCACAGUACGAUAUCUGGAGCAAUACGGUGAACGUGGCCUCGCGGAUGGAUUCCUGUGGCGUUAUGGGUCGGAUACAGGUGAGUGAGAACACGGCCAAAGUUCUGAUGGCAGCCGGAUACUCUUGCGAGUGUCGUGGACCCAUUCCCGUUAAAGGUAAGGGCAUCCUCACAACGUAUUACGUGAAGACACCGUUCGACGAAAAGAUUUAAAGACUCUACCGACCUACGGACCAGACCGCAUGGAAGGCACCGACCGGAAGGGGCAACGAAUAUAAUUACCAAUCUCAUCAGUAGGACUGGUGGUAUGCAAGCUAAGCGCUACUUCUGUAAGAAGAGUGAGUAACUUAGUAUUAAUCAUUGAAACAGGGCCUAGCGAGUUUAGAACGGGCGUAGCAGGACUAAUGACAGCAUAGCUGAGCUUGAGUGUUAAUGGUGUGCAAACAAUUGUGAGGCCAAACUCGUCUAGCGAAGUUUACACGUCUUCGAUACAGUGCUACAGACCUACGAACUACUCAUGAAUUGACCUUUACUGUACCGGAUGUCAACAUCAAAGAUUCGAAAUUGCAGAAUUUCGCCUUUGCCCUCAUUUGUUCGAUUUUGAUGAAGUUUCCAGUUAUGGUUUCGGAGUUACGCCUCAAAUUGA